AUGACGGAUGGCGGCCUGAGUUUUGGCGCAGCCACCGAGGGCUAUGAGGAGGAUCCACAGGCCAAGCUUUGCAAUGAAGUUUGUGUGGAGGUCUUUGGCAUCCUGCAGAAGAUGCGGAACCCUGUGGCUUCGGCGGAGCAGGGGCAGUACAUCUUUGAAAUCGGCGCUGGGACCGGUGGCACGACCUCCUUCGUUCUACCCUCCUUGGAUCCGCACAAGACCCGGUAUGUCUUCACAGACCUUUCCCAAGCGUUCCUGACGAAUGCGAGACAGCGUUUCAGCAGGUUUCCCUUCAUCGAGUACGCCAUUUUUAAUGGAGAUAAACAUCCUGGAGACCAGGGCUUCAAUAGCCACGAGAUGACGGCCAUCUUAGCCACCAACGUGAUCCACGCCACGAUGCACCUGGCCUCCACCAUGGCCACCAUCCACGUCCUGCUGCAGCCGGGGGGGCACAUCGUCUUCAACGAGGUGCAGAAUCCGGGCACCCUCGGAGAGGACUUGACGUAUGGUCUGACGGAUGGCUGGUGGAUGCUCACGGAUUGCGAGAGGCGGGUGACCUAUCCGUUGCUUCGGGUGGCAGAGUGGUGCACUCUGUUCACUCAGUGUGGCUUCAAAAACGUCUGGCAUACUCCAGAUGAGGGGCCCAUCUUUAGCCAACAAGCGAUUCUCGUGGCGCAGUGCGGAACGUUGGUGCAGCCGACCUAUUUGGGUGUGGAUCCUAUGCCCCGAGCCGAUCCCAAUGCGUCUGGAGCCCAGUCGUAUCUGAUCACCGGUGCAGUUGGAGGUCUAGGCCUUAUUGCUGCCAUCAUCCUAAUGGAGCGAGGUGCGCGGCACCUCUUCUUUGUCUCAAGAAGAGACAAGGUGCCUGAUGAGGCCAUGCAGUUUUAUGAGCGCAUUGCCAAUGCUAGUGCCGCCAUUCGCCGGGAGAAGUGCAACGCCGCAGACCCCGCGCAGAUCGCGAAGCUCUUCGAGGAAACGCCGGAGUGGCCAGCGUGCGCCGGUGUGGUGCAUGCCGCUGGCGUCUUGUCGGAUGGCACGAUCACGAAGCAAAAUCGACGGAAGUAUGAAGAGGUCUUUGGACCCAAAGUUCAUGGUGCCUACUACCUGCACAACAACCGGGGAUGCGGCCUGCAAAAGCUUCAGGUGAACUUCGUUAUGUCCUCUGGUGCGGGUUUCAUGGGUUCUCCCGGGCAGAGUAACCACUCCUGUGGUAACAUGGGCCUUGAAGGCCUGGUAGACUUUGAAAGGAAGUUGGGCCUCACUGGGUGCUCCAUCGCUUGGGGCGCCGUAGCUGGAGUAGGCUAUGCCGCGCGUCACCACUUGGCGGACCAUGCCGGGGCGGUGCGGUUCGAACACGCCUGGGCCUGCAUUGAGGGCAUCUUGGAGAGACCCUUCCUGAACGUCCUGAUCAAUCCCAGCGCCUGGGAGAUGGGAAAAGGCGCUCAAGCGAUGAGACAACUCAUCUCGACAGGCUUGGCUGGUCGCUUCAAGAAGACCGGUUUCCGCAAACCCAAGGCUGUCCAAAUGUUGAGGACCUCGGACAAAGAGAAUGUGGCAGUGGAAGGCCAUCCAGCCGAGGUUCUGACCGUGGCCAUGCCAGAGGUGCUGGAGAGCAUGAAGAAGAUUCAGCGGGGCUGGAACGCAACCCAUUUGAGCGACAUCUUCCCCAAGGCGGAAAGAACUCAGGUGAUGCGAGACAUGUCAUACAGGGUAUCCAAGUAUCAGUGGCGGAUCCAAAGUCAAAUGAUAUCCAAUGAUUAA